UUAUUAAUACAAAACUGAUAAAACAAACUCUAUAGUCUAAUGAAGAAAGUAGAACUGGUGUUUGUGCCUUCUCCAGGCGUCGGUCAUCUUGCAUCGACAUUAAAGGCAGCCAACCUUCUCCUUGGCCGCCAUGAACGAAUUUCCAUCACUGUCUUUGUCAUCAAACUUUCUUCUGAUCUUAAGAUCGCUAAAUAUAUCGAUUCUCUUCCUACAUCUGAUCGUAUCAGAUUCAUCCACCUACGACCUAAUGAUGACUCUAACGAUUCACCUCUCACUUUUAUUGAAAAAUAUAAACCCCAUAUCAAAGAAGCCGUUUCUAAACUUACGGCGAACUCCGAUUCCUCUCUCGCAGGAUUUGUUCUCGAUAUGUUCUGUGCGCCGGUGAUAGAUGUGGCCAACGAGUUUGGUGUCCCGUCUUAUAUUUUCUAUACUUCAAGUGCUGCUUCUCUUGGAUUUUGGCUUUAUGUGCAGUUUAUUCAUGAUGAGCAACAUGUGGACCUUACCCAGUUCAAGGAUUCCAACACUGAGUUGGUCGUGCCGACUUCGGUGAACUCAGUUCCCGGAAGGGUUUUCCCUUCAUCGUUCUUUGAAAAGGAGCGGCUCGUUCCUCUUCUUGCCCAUGGAAGAAGGUUUCGAGAAUCUAAAGGUAUUAUGGUAAAUUCAUUCAUGGAACUAGAAUCUCACGCGUUCAACUACUUUGGGCACAGUGAAAGUAGUAAAACUCCUCCGGUGUAUCCGGUGGGGCCCAUUUUGGGCCUUGAAGGCGACGUUGUGUCAGACGGAAGCAUCGGAGAUAAGGAAAUCAUGAAAUGGCUUGAUGAUCAAGCUCCAGAGUCUGUGGUGUUCCUUUGCUUUGGGAGCGGUGGAGGCUUUCCUGAGGAUCAAGUGAAAGAAAUUGCUUGUGCAUUAGAGCAUACAGGAUACCGAUUCUUAUGGUCCCUACGACAGCUUCCACCCAAGGGUAAAAUGGGACCUCCAAGUGAUUAUGAAGAUCUUGCACAAGUUCUACCAACAGGAUUCUUAGAUCGCACGGAUGGAAUUGGCAAAAUAAUUGGGUGGGCUCCACAGACUGCUAUUUUGGGCCACCCAGCGAUUGGAGGCUUUGUCUCACACUGUGGAUGGAAUUCUAUUCUAGAGAGCCUAUGGUUUGGUGUUCCAAUCGCCACGUGGCCAAUGUACGCAGAGCAACAAUUUAAUGCUUUUGCAAUGGUGAUUGAGCUGGGAUUAGCGGUAGAAAUAAAAAUGGAUUAUAAGAAAGAUAGUGAGAUAAUUGUAAGUGCUAAGGACAUAGAGAAAGGAAUUAAGUGUUUAAUGGAACAUGACAAUGAAGUGAGAAUGAAAGUUAAAGAAAUGAGUGAAAACAGUCGGAAAGCCUUAUCCGAUGGUGGAUCUUCAUCUUUUUCGUUGGACCGUUUGAUUCAAGAUAUAAUAAAUAAUGUGAUAUGAACGAUGAAAUAAUUAGUCAUUGUUGUAUAAAAUAAUAAUAUAUGACAUGUAAAUUUAAUUUAAUAUAGUUUAUUUAGAAUUUUGCAUUUUUAUGA